AUGUCAAGCACUGAUACAGCAGACGAACUGGUUGAUAUUAAUUUAACCCUCACUCCACCUAAAAAAAGACCAGUAAAGGGACAUUUUGACGUGAAAACGAAGGAAAUGAUCCUGAAUGUAUUUAAAACGGAAAUACAGGAGAACCCUACAAAGUCGAAAAGUGCGAUUUCUAUUAGGGUAGCAGAUAAAACAGGCGUAUGUAGCCGUAGUGUACGUAAUAUUGUUCAAGAAUAUGAAAAUACGGGAAUAUUGUCGACACCUAAAAAAACUGAGCAACGUCGAAGUAUUAUUAACUCGUUGGAUGACUUAACCAAAGAAGCAGUACGAAGAAUAAUACACCAGUUCUUUUUUCGGAAUGAAAUACCAACAAUAGAAAAAGUUCUGAGGGUUGUUAAUGAAGAUCCGCUUUUGCCUAACUUCAAAAGAACUACGUUUUUCAAAUUAUUGAAAGAAAUAAAUUUUAAGUUUCAACGUCGUCAGCGAAACAGUAUUUUGAUGGACAGGGAUGAAAUUGUCUUGUGGAGACGAGAAUUUCUUAUUAAAAUUAAGGCCUACAGAAACGAAAACCGUAAAAUUUAUUAUCUAGACGAGACUUGGCUAAACGCUGGUCACACCAAAUCUAAGGUAUGGGCAGACAAUUCGGUAACAUCUUAUAGACAAGCGUUUUUAGAUGGACUUUCUACGGGGUUAAAAAAUCCUGCAGGAAAGGGAAAAAGACUCAUAAUCUGUCACAUUGGCAGCGAAGAUGGGUUUGUUCCAGAAGCGCUGUGGGUGUUUGAAUCUAAAAAAAGUGUGGACUACCAUGAAGAGAUGGACGGGGAAUCCUUUGAAAACUGGUUUAAAAAUAUACUGCCCCGAUUAGAUGACAACUCCAUCAUAGUAUUGGACAACGCUCCGUAUCAUUCCAGAAAAAUGGAAAAAAUUCCGACGACCGCUUCUAGAAAAGCUGAUAUCCAAGCGUGGCUGAGAUCAAAAAAUAUAGGUUUUGAUGACUCUAUGUUAAAAGUACAACUCUUAGCUAUUGUUAAGGAACAUAAGAGUCAGUACAACAAAUAUAUUAUUGAUGAGAUGGCAAAGACCCAAAAUAAAAUAGUGUUAAGGCUGCCUCCGUAUCACUGUGAGCUCAAUCCGAUUGAGCUCAUCUGGGCAGAGGUGAAAAAUUAUGUAGCAGCCAAAAACACCACCUAUAAAUUUGCCGACAUGAAGAAUAUUUUCUAUGAUGCAAUAGAUAAUGUUAGCCCAAGUAAAUGGCAAAAAUGUGUGCAACAUGUUCAACAAAAAGUUGAGUCCAAAAUGUGGAAGUUGGAUAACAUCAUAGAGAACCAUAUUGAACCGAUAAUAAUAAAUCCAGAUGAAGACAGCAGCACAUCUAGCUUUUCAGACUCUGAAUAG